UCGGCAUGGCAGGUGUCGUCAAGCAGAGAGAGGAAUCCGUUGCAGAUGUGGCCGAUGUCGCGAACGUCGCCAACGGGGCCAAGGUCGCGGACAGCAUCAACAACGCCAACGUUGCCGACAGUAUUGAUGUUGCCAAUGGCGAGGAAGUCGCCGAUGGUGCCGAAAUAUGCUGCAACACGACUCCCUGUUUUAUUGGGUGUUACGUCAAUGGUGAAUGGGCGUUCUGUUGCUAGAUAUCGAGUAUCCUAAGAGGCUCUUGCGCUAACAGAUGGGUAGCCGGUUUGUCCAAGGGGGAAAAAAUGAUAGCUUUGGC